AUGUCAACUCAGAACCCUCCACCCCAGAACAAUACGACGAAUGGGAACCCAGCCAUAAAACUCGAAGAACAGCCUUCCCUGAACCAGCAAUUCCAAUCUAUAGACUGGGAUUCGGAGCGACAACUCGUUUCAUCUCUAGCUAAGCUACAGGAACUCGAAUCCAAGAUCCAUGAACUCCGCUCCUUACUGCCAGACAGAUUGUUAGCUCCAAUAAACCCCAUCGUCAACCCCCGCCGCCCAACAACCAGCUCUAUAACAACAACAGCCUCAACCCCGCGCAAUCCGCAAGUUCUGAGCGCCCAACUCCGCAAAUCCGCAGUCGACGGUGUCGCCGAAAUCAAUAACUUCAAAGAACUAUGGACAAGCGCAGAUAUGCAGGCCAUAUGGCAGAAAGUCGAUGAGAAAUUGGCCGAAACAAAGGGCGCGUUUCCGCAGGUUGAGGCGGGGAUGUGGCGUGUUGAGUAUGCCGAUUUACUCAAAGAGAUGGAUGAGAAGGAUAAAGAUCAGAAAGUGGGAGCAGGGGGGUUGGAUGAUAUGGAGGUUGAUGAGGAGUCUCCGUCGUCGGUGGUGUCGGCGAUACAUGGCUCGGUAGAGGAGGCAGACCCCAAGAAGGUGGUGGAAUCGUUCCAGGGCAGACAAAUACCGGGGUUUCAAGUCGCAGGUACCAGGAACGAAUCCACGAUCAUUGUAUCCCUGGGACUGGCGGGCCUCACAUUCGAGAUUCAAGAAGCUCUCCCCACGGAGACUACAUCUAGUGAAACAACAACUACCAACACGACUACCAAACCAGAGUACCGCGUUUCAACACACCACCUUCUCUCAAGACCCGCCGCAGGCACACAACCAAGCCGGUUAGAAAACGCAAUUGUGCAACAACUCAACUCGAGGCCCCGGAAAUGGGAUUUGCGUUUUCUACUAGAACUAAUCCUCUCAUACGCGAACAUAAGGAGUCUUCCAUGCAAGAAAUGCGGACAAUUAACGGAUUCAUCGGCUCAGUUGCCUAUUUUUCGAAAACCCGUUGCUGCUUCUUCUACUAAUGCUGCUAGUGCUGCGGGAGAUACCAGUGCUUCUGGUAGUGAAGGGGGUGUUGUCUGGGAGGGGUAUCACCUUGGAUGUAUAUAA